AUGUUGAGACAAGACAGCAUUCGGAACAUCGUCACCAAUUCCAGUGGGGCUUUGCCUGGAAGCGUGAUCAUCCUGCUUGCCAUUAACUACGUCCCUCGGGCGACCUGGAUGGGCUGGAUGUUCGUGGCGCUCGCUGGACUAUUCGCCAUCAACGGGGGUACUUUCUUCGUCACUUUCGAAACCGACAAGCACGCAUUCACGAUAUUAUUAUACGUCCUGGCGCAGGUCAUCUUCAACCUUGGGCCAAACACCAUGACCUUCAUCCUUCCAGCGGAGCUAUUCGGGACCAAAUAUAGGGGAACUUUUUAUGGUCUUGCCGCGGCGUCAUGA